GCCUUGCGCGGGCGGGACUAGUUCCGGCGGCGGCGCUCACCGGGGCGCAGGUGAGGGGCAGGGACGGGACAGCGGGAGGAGCAGCAGCGGCAGCAGCAUUCACCUCUGGGGCUGGCCCUGGCCACUCCCCGUCCUCCCUGGGUCCGUGGCCGCAGCGGUUCCGACUGGCUCGCUGAAGUCUGCGAUGCUGAGGCCGCGUUGCCAGCAGGGCCGCGAGGGAGGCAGGUGCGGAGAUAACGUCCCUGGAGCCGUUCCGCUGUGAGGCGUUCGGUAACAGCCGUGCGGCGGCCGCUUUGGCCGCUCCAACCGCGCGGGGUCUGCCUCAGUGUAUUGGAAUCCCAGAGCUCCCUGCAGUAAGAGAGAACUUCCAGCAGAGUCUUCUCAGCAACUGUUACUGCCUCGGGCUGAGGAGUCGAUCAAAGUUGAGGGUGGGAUGUCGGAGCUGAGCGACGAAGCCAGCGAGUCGGAGCUGCUGAGCCGCAGCCUCUCCAUGUGGCACGGCGUCGGGCACGUGGUCUGCCGGGAGGAGCUGGAUGUGCCCCUGGACCUGCACACAGCCUCCUCCGUCGGGCAGUAUGAAGUGGUGCAGGAGUGCAUCCAGCGUGGAGACCUGGAUUUGAACCAGAGGAACUGUGGGGGCUGGACCCCACUCAUGUACGCUUCCUACAUUGGCCACGACAACAUCGUGCACCUGCUGCUGGAAGCGGGAGUGAAUGUGAACAUCCCCACCCCAGAAGGGCAGACCCCCCUCAUGCUGGCCUCCAGCUGUGGCAACGAGAGUGUUGCUUACUUCCUUCUACAGCAAGGGGCAGAGCUGGAGAUGAAGGACAUCCAUGGCUGGACUGCCUUGUUCCACUGCACCAGCGCUGGGCACCAGCAGAUGGUCAAGUUCUUACUGGAGAAUGGGGCAAAUGCCAACUGCAAGGAGCCAGUCUAUGGAUACACACCUCUGAUGGAAGCAGCUGCUUCUGGCCAUGAGAUAAUUGUUCAGUACCUUCUCAAUCAUGGAGUGAAGGCAGAUGUCCGAGAUAACACUGGAGCCACAGCACGGACCCUGGCCAUGAAGUAUGGCCACACCAAGAUUGUGGGGCUGAUAGAUUUGCAUGCAGCCCCAGUGCCCAAGGUCUUCUGCAGAGGUCCAGGCAAAUAUGAAGAGCUGAGUUCUUCAGAUGAAUCAUGUUCUGCUCCCCAGAGACAGAGACCUGCUCGUAGGACCAAGGGUCCCAGCAUCCACGAGGGGCCCCAGGCAUUGGCCAAGAUCACAGCAGUUGGGAUUGGAGGAAGGAAGCAUUCUCACUAUGAGCAGGUGCCCCCUCAGGGCUAUGUCACCUUCAGCAAUGAUGGCAGCUGUGAGCCAGGUGUCAUCAGGAACAGGGAUGUCACCUCCCCAAUUAAUGAGCUGGAUGUGGAGAGCAGCAGCAGCAGGGAGGAUAGUGUUUUGUCCAGCAACAGCUUGGGAACCAUCAGGAGCAGCAGCAGCAGCAGCGAAUGCCUCAUCAGAAUCCCAGGACUCAGCAGUGAAGGCUCCUUGGAAAGCAAUGAGGACUCUGACCAUGCCAGCAGCCCCCCGAGUCGAAAACAAGCCAAGAGCUUUAAGGGCAAGGCUCGCUACAGCAACAGUGACAGCCAGUGGAGCCACUGCCUGGGGAAGGCUGGGGGCUGCAGCCAGCACCUGGUCCUUCCUGAGCCCCCGGCCUACACAGGGCCCCAGGACCUGGCAACAUUCCUUGAGGAGAUUGGGUGCCUGAAGUACCUGCAGGUGUUUGAAGAGCAAGACGUGGACCUCCGGAUCUUCCUGACCCUCACAGAGAGUGACCUGAAGGAAAUAGGCAUCACGCUGUUUGGCCCCAAGAGGAAGAUGACCUCGGCCAUCGCGCGCUGGCACAGCAGCGCCCGCCCGCCCAGCGACGCGCUGGAGUUGGCCUACGCUGAUCGGCUGGAAGCGGAGAUGCAGGAAUUGGCCAUCCAGCUGCACAAGAGGUGUGAAGAGGUGCAGGUGAUGAAGGGCCAGGUGUGCCAGGAGCAGAAGCUGCGUGCAGUGGCUGAGAGCUGUUUGAUGGAGCGGGAUGAGACCUGGAAUGCCAUCCAGUGCCAGCUCAGAGAGGCUCAGGCCAUCACCAAGGAUGCUGGAGUCCUGCUGGAUCAGAUCAAGAGCUGCCAGGCAGAGCUGUCGGCCCGGCUGGGCCCAGAGCGGGCGGAUGAAGGAGCGCUGGACAUGUGGGAGCGGCGCGGCACCAGGGAGAGCCGGCGGCCCGGGGAGCGCCCAGUGCUGGAAGGGUGGCCACCUUCCCUGAAGUUCCUGAGCUUGCCUGAGCUGUCAGCUGUGCUGGAGGAGUGUGUGGGAGAGAUGGGAAAAGCUCUGCAGACUGUGACUCAAAACCUCCAAAGGCUCCAAGCCCUGGGGCAGAGCGGGCAGAGCUGGCCAAAGCCAUAACCAAGCCAGGAGGGAAUACUGACGUCGGGUGACUGUUCCACCCGGAAGCUGAGUGUGCCUGGGAGAGGGAGCACGGGGGCCGUGCCAGCAGCACCGUGGCUCUGCCGAGGGCCACCACGGCUGGCAGGGCACAGAGCAGGCCGUGGCCACCAGAGAACACAGCGGGGAGGACAAGGGACAGCAGAGGACAACAACCAGCAGCUCUUGGGGCCUGACUCAAGGUUCCCAGGAUCUUUGUUUGAAAGGUUUUGGUUUGGAGGAGAAGCUCCAAGCCUGGAAGUUUUAUCUGCCUUCAGCUUCCUGCAGCCCUUGUUGUUCAGGUCUGGGUGGUGAUAGAAAGGUGACAGUUGCACACAGCAAUCAAUUCAUUAUCCUUUUCUGCAUCCCAAGCUCCCCAGGGCCUCUGAAACGUGUCCCUGGCUCCUCCUGUGCCAUGGGGAUUGGCCCAGAGAAUGGAUCUGAGGCCAUAAAAAAGGAAGUUUGUUUUGGAGGGGUGAAGGGAGUGGAGUUUGUGAUGUUUUGGCUCUUUGAGCUGCAGGGGAGCUCGAAGUGCAGCCCUGUUCCUGUUGGAAUGUCUGCUCUGCUGCCAUCCCAGAUCUGGGCUUCAAAGCCUGUUCCUCCCACCAGCCCACUCUGGUUCACUUUGGGUUCUUGCUGUCCUCAGGGGCUGGGUGUGGUCACAUGUGGUGGUUUAGGAAUGGCAUUCACUGAAACACUCCCACCUCACUCACUGCCCCUCCUCCCCCUCCUCUGGGGUGGGAUGGAGAGAAGAACUGGCACAAAAGGUGAAGAUCACUGAUUGAAAUAAAAGCAAUUUACUGGAAACAGCAAUGAGAUAAGGAGCAGUAACAGCAACAACAGUAAUAGCAAAAGUGUACAAGGUAUGUCCUGGUCCUGCAAAAAUGACCCCUGUCCUGGCCAGAACCAGGACAUCACAGUUACUCCAUCCCCAAAACCCUGGCUUUGUGGUCAGUGCUUUAUGGCAGAGGUUGUUGAUCUAGUUUGCCAGGGCCAAGAUCCCAGCAGGGCAGCUGUUCCCCUGGAAAGACAGGAGAGAGAAGGAAGAGCUGGGACUGCUGAGCUUCCCAUGCCCCUGGCAAGCAGGGGAAUGCCAAGGCAGCAGAGCAGGAACAGGGAACUCUGUCCCCCAUGGGAGGUGGGCAAAGGAAGCACAGCCCAGGUGGAGCUGUGGUGCCAAGCUUUGCUCCUCACCACUGCCUGCCUUUCAUUUGCAGGCUUUAGUCUUGGGAAAUAGUUCUGCCAGGGCCCUCUGGGGUGGGCAUUGCCAAGGACAGGCAGUGCAGGAAGAGGCUGCCCUGUCCCUGGGAUUGGGUGAGGGCCUUGGUGACAGGGACCUUGGUGUAAAGUGGUUUCCAGUGACUCUGUUCCCAUUUAUUCCUGAAUCCCAUAGGGGGGAAAAACACAACAAUCAAAACCUGAAGUCUGAGUGAGGGCCUUGAUGGAUCAGGCAGUGUCCCUUUGGGAAGAGGAUGGAACUGUGUGUUCCUUCUAAUUUUUGGACCUUGGUUACAGAUCCCAAAUACAAAAACCCAUCCAGCUCCAUCUUUUGAGCUGAUCACCCCUCCUGAUGAGCUGCCUGAGUCCCCUUAGGCAGGGGUGACACCUGCUCUGCCUGGGGUGUCUCUGCUUCCUGCGGACAGUCCCUGUCCCAAAGCAGGCAGGUGUGGCCCUCUCAGCUGUGCCCCAUGUGCCUGGCAGUGUCCCCCCCUCUGGGGUGCUACUUCCUGCCUGUGGUUACCCUCCACCCUCACCACAAGGCACUCGUUUUUCAUCUUGAGAAAAUGCCAUGGAGCACGUGGGCACUCGGUGCCAGCUGCAGGACAGGGCUGCAGGAGCUUCACCCUGCAGAGUUUGGAUGAGGUGGAGGGAAUUCUCCUCAUGCAGCAUCCCUGGAGACUGCUCAGAGGCUGUGCUGGGAAGAGUGUUCAGGGCUUUGUCCUUCAUUCCAUGUCACUGGAGGAUAGGUGGGCAAUGCCAAGGUCUCUCCCUGGCUUUGGUGGUGCCUCUGGCUGCACUAGUACAGGGUUGUUAGUGCUGUUUCCCUUGAAUUUAAGGCAAAGCCCCCCAGAAGAUCCUAAGGGAAAGGGCCUGGGGACACCUGGAGAGCCAAGGAAGCCCUGGCUCAGCAGUGCCUUCAGAACUGGGGGGCUGUGCAGAACAGGAAGGUGACUACAGGGCUGUGGGGCUGGCUUUGCCAAGUCUGAGGCUGGAAAAAAGGGGGUUUGAGGGAUAACAUGAUCUAUCCAAUAGAUUAGAAUGCUUGGGCAAAGGACGGAGACAUUGGCUGUGUGUGUGUGAAGGAAAAAGGCCCCAACUAGGUGCUGUAGGAGCCCAGGUCUAAAGGCUUCAAGGGGUGUGAGGGCAGACAAGGGGACAGCAGGGAGGGGAUCUUCUACCAGAGAGUAUCCCAGAGGAGGCAAUUCCUUAAAUGCAGGAUGUGAAGCAGCAUUCCUUGCAGCCAGCGUGGCUGUGCAGGCAGCAGGAGUCUGGUGCUACCCUGAGGUGAGCUGUCCGAGGAAAAAUAGCAUUUGCUGACUUGGAUAAAUGAAUAAAACCUGAACAGCCUG